AUGUCAGAAAAUUCAAAUAAUGAGCCCCCAUUGACACUAUCGUCAAUGUCGCUGUCCAUCUAUAGAGACAUUAUGGAAACAAUCACUCGAGAAAUCUUUGUUGAAACGAUAAUGAGAGAACAAAUCACAAGAUUACGAUAUGGGAAACUUGAAGCAGGAAACACUCCACAACCAAUAGAAACGCCCAUAAUGAACCACAGCACAAUCAAUGGCAAUGGAUCACUGUUACUGAGUGCUAGUAAUAGUGUUAAUAAUACAAAUAAUAAUAGUCGGAACCCUUCGCCCAAUCCUGAGCUGUUGACCAGGAUUGAGUAUUAUAAUGUUAUGGGGAGAGAUAUAUUUGGGAACGAGAAACAAAGUGAUAGUAGUCGGUAUUUCACAUGCGAUAAUUGCUCUAGAAAGAUAGCUGGGAAUAGGUUUGCUGCUCACAUUGAUAGAUGUUUAGGAGGACGUUCGAGAGUGAAAUGA